AGGAUAUGGACGCAAAACCCUUGACCUUUGCCCACAGAACGUCCAGUUCCAGCGGUGGCACCCUGACCGAAGGAAUGGAAGACGAAAAGGCAAGGCAAGGGUCUUCGGGAAGACGUCAUAUUUUUCGUACAUCUCCGGGAGGUAAUAACAAUGGGAGAGGGAGGGGGGAGAGAGAGAGUUAAGAAAAGCGAGAGAGUUAAGAGGGGGAUCUAUUAACUUGGACGAUUGAGGGAGAAGUCAGCAAGGAAGCAAGCCGAUCGUGAUACAGUUAAGCAAAGGAUGUAGCUUUCCUCCCGCGUCCGCUUCCUUUUGCCUUGCGCGCUGCUCUCAGGUAACAUUGCUGAAAGCAAGAUGACUUCUGCUCAAGAUCCAUUUUAUAUUGUUAAAGAUGAAAUUCAGGAAUCAAUUGAUAAGCUGCAUGAUAGUUUCCACCGAUGGGAAGAGACCCCUGCUAACAGUGGAGACCAUCUUCUUCUAACCAAACAGCUUCUUGCCAACUGCGAAAGCAUUAAAUGGCAGGUAGAUGAACUGGAUAAGGCAAUUGCAGUUGCUGCAAGAGAUCCAGCUUGGUAUGGCCUCAAUGAAGUUGAGCUUGAGAAAAGGAGGAGGUGGACAAAUAUUGCUCAUAAGCAGGUGGAUAGUGUGAGAAAAGCUGUAGAAGAUGGAAGGAAGAAAAGCAACUCAGUCAACUUGGGUCCCAGUGGGAUGCAUAGGGAGCUUAUGAGGCUUCCAAUUGAUCAUGCUUCUCAAGCAGGAAGAUCAAACAACUAUGCUGCUGAAGACAAUGAUGAUUUCAUAUCUGCAGAAUCAGAUCGACAGAUGCUCCUUAUUAAGCAACAAGAUCAGGAGCUGGAUGAUCUUAGCAUUAGCGUACAGAGAAUUGGAGAUGUGGGGCUUACUAUAAAUGAAGAGCUCAUUGGACAGGAGAGGAUUUUGGAUGAUGUGAGCAUGGAAGUGGAAACUACUUCAAAUCGGCUUGGCUUUGUUCAGAAAAAAGUGGCCAUGGUAAUGAAGAAGGCUGGUGCCAAGGGACAAAUUAUGAUGAUACUGUUCUUGAUAGUUCUUUUUAUUGUUCUUUUUGUUCUGGUUUUCUUUACCUAGGAAGCAAGCGAUGAUUGUGUGAUCAUAUCCUUUGUAAAUAACUGACUGGGAAAACUUUGUCAAGCUCUUGAACAAACUAUUGCUGCAUAAACGUAUGUUAGGAUAAGUAGCCAAGUUCUGAAGGAUCAUC